CGUUUGAGCAGACGACGCGUCUUGGCUUAAUAAGCAGGACGUCGGGCUUUAAAAAAAAAUAUAAAAAAAGUUGGCGCGAAUUCGCGGGAGCUGUUAGGUUCUUUAUAAGGGAGACUUUUUGGUGCAUUUGUUUGGUGAUUUUUUGGAUUGUUUUUGGCGGGAUUAUGUGCGUAAAAAUGUGUUUAAAAGUGUUGUUAUUGUUUGUUUUUGUAAGUUCAGUGUCGCCUCAAGGAUCGGGAUCUGGGACUGAUGGAAAAUUACGACUAUGUGUGGUGGAGGGGCGAGGGUCCUACAAACGUGCCAGCAAAUACUGCCCCGUGCUUGAGCAGUCCGAUUCCGGUGUAGAAUGCGUUAUAGGACAGGACAGACUGGACUGUCUCCGGCGCAUGAGUAAAGGCGCCGUUGACUUCGGAGUGUUCAGCCCUGAAGACCUCAUCGCCACUCAGUGGGCCGACAUCAAUGUGCUCGUCACUGAUGAAGUUAGGCAACGGCCGCGUAAAUACGCGAGCAGUAUAGUAGCAGUAAUCAACAAAAGUUUACUGCCGGAACUAGACACAGUAUCGUCAGUACACUCGAUUUUGAAGAGGUCCAGUAUGUGUCACAUCGGACUGGGGGCUGACGAGCGAAGACCGCUUAGUGAGACACUUACUGAGUACCUGGAGUCACUGGUGACGAGGAAGUCAUGCAACGAGACCCUGUCAGUGGCGGAGAACCGCAUCAAAGCGAUGGCGGACAUGUUUGGCAACUCCUGCCGCGCUGGGCCCUGGGUGUUAGAUGCCUCAAGAGAUGCGGAACUCAAAGCCCUAUUCCCCUCUCUCUGCGCGGCGUGUGACCGGCCGAGCAAGUGUGACCGUCAUGACCGGUACUGGGGCCCCAGCGGAGCCCUAACGUGCCUCGUCGAGGGCGCCGGCAACUUUACUUGGGCUGAGGCAGACUUUGUGGGGGGAUAUUUUGGUAGCAGGACCGGUGUAGCGAACACAGAAGAUUUCGCUUACCUAUGUCGCGACGGGACCUGGCAGGAGAUCCACGAGAAUAAGGAGCCCUGCGUGUGGCUGCGGAGGCCCUGGCCGCUACUCGUCGCUAAAACGAAAGCAGCAGAAGAAGUGAGCCGUCUCGCUGCCAACCUCACUAAUGCCGGAGUAGUAGUAAGUGGGGGCUGGCGUGGCGCCCUCACGGCAUUACUUGAAGCCAACGGUGCAUUGCCAGCACCACUGAGGCCUCCAAGCACGCCCUUGGAUUAUCUGGCGGGUGCUGGAGGAUUUAGAGAAGCUUAUAGCCAGGCUGGAUGUACCCCUUCAAGGCAUAUAGUAAUGUGCACAACAUCAAUCCUUGAGCAGAACAAAUGCGAAUGGCUAAGCGAAGCAGGCGCCGUAUACGGAGUGGAGCCCGCGGUCCAAUGCCUGAGAAAAGAGGACAGGGAAGCCUGUAUGGUGGCGGUGAAGAAUGGAACCUGUGAUGUCACGGUCGCUAGUGGGGACUGGCUGGUGAGAGCAGAGAGAGACAUGUCCCUCAUACCAAUCCUGCACGAGACAACGCCGAUCAUCAACCAAAGCACAACAGUAGUAGCCUACGUCCGCGAGGACUCGAAACUAUUCAAAAUGGCCGACUUGAAGGGGACGCGCGCCGCUUUCCCUAGCUUCGACGGUUUGGCUUGGCAUUCUGUACUACGCUACCUUGCGAAUAUUGAAAAGAAUACUUGUAAAGAUAUCCUAAAGGGUUUCUUUAAGAGUAUUUGUGCACCGGGAACAGAAAAAUAUCUGACUGAUAGUAAAUGGAUGGAAGGAUGUGUUAUGGAAGAAGGGAAGGUGGUUGGAGGGGAGUGGGGGGCGCUCAGGUCGCUUGUGGAGGGGAAAAGCGAUGUGGCGUUUUUGAGUAUGGCCACGUAUAAUCAGUAUGUUGCCAAACAGAUCCCGGAGCCUUGGGUCAAGGACAUCAAAAUCAAGCCAAUCUGCGCCGAAGACAACGAGAACUACUGCUUCCUGUCCUGGUCCAACAUCGGCCAUGUUUUCGCCAAAAAAACUACAAUAAUGCGCCGUCAAGAAAUCGUCAACGUAAUGACGAAAUUGGACCAAUUGUUUGGCAAACAUAACCCGAAUCAAGCAUCAGCAGUCAUGUUUUCGUUAUACGGACCUUAUAAUCAUCAAAACAAUAUUCUGUUCCAUGAUAAUACAAAAGCGUUGUCGACGAGUGACGUUUUGAGAACACAUCCGUUCGAUAAAGUGCCGCUCAAUUUUGAACGCAGCUUGAAGGAUGUUGACAGCUGUCAUGUGUCAGAUUUGACAGGUGCCGUGGGGAAUGUUGUGCCUAAGUUAGUCUUGAUUGUGUCAAUGGUUAGUGUUUUGUUUUUGUAAGACUUUUAAUGUGAUAUUGUGUUUAUAUAUUUAAGGUUAGAAAAGUUGAACGAUAAAGAACUGAAGGUUUUAUAAAGUUAUUGAUGUACGAGUAGAAUUGUAAACUUAGUUAUCAGCACACACAGUUAUAAUGUGAUAUUUAAUACUUAUGCUGUCAAAUUCUAGGCAGUCUCUUUUCUACCAUUCUCAGUACUUAACCCGAUAACAAUAACUGAAAUUAUAAGGAAAAUAUUCCAUCUUGUUGUACAUACAGGAAUAAAGUAAUUGUGAUA